AUGAAAUACUUUAGACUCUUUACAAAAAGUGAAUCAGAAAAAAUAAAGGAAAAGGUACUCAGUGCUUUAAAGCUACUGGCAGAAACUUCACCACAUAUAGAAAAUCUUAAUGAAGUGGAAAGAGGUGAAUACAUUUCUGCUAUUCUUCAUAGUGUCACCUCUACCUUCGAAGGACCAAAAGUAAUAGUGUACAGAGAAUAUUCUCUAUCUGGCACUAAUGGUAAAGGUCGAUUUGAUUUUAUCAUUAUACAGGUAUUUACAAAGAUUAGUACCGAUGAUGAAAUAAGUGACAGCGAGCCAAUCGAACUGCCUUUGAACAAUUUUAUAACAGAUAAAAACAGUCUAAAUAGUAUAAGAUCUUUGUUUGUGAUGAUUCAGAAAAUACUUUCUGACAAAAUAGAAAGUUUUGAAGAAAAGCCACAAACAAAGAGACAAAAACUUGCUUAA